CUGUGUUGGAGUAGAAGAACAUCAUGCUGUUGACAUUGACCUGUAUCACUGUCCCAACUGUGCAGUUUUACAUGGUUCCUCCUUGAUGAAAAAGAGGAGAAACUGGCACAGGCACGACUACACAGAAAUCGAUGAUGGUUCCAAACCAGUACAAGCUGGAACUAGGACUUUUGUUAAGGAAUUACGUUCUCGAGUCUUCCCAAGUGCCGAUGAAGUCAUUGUGAAGAUGCAUGGCAGCCAGCUGACACAGAGAUACCUGGAGAAACACGGAUUCGAUGUCCCCAUUAUGGUUCCCAGAUUAGAUGACCUCGGACUCAGGCUCCCUCCACCCACCUUUUCUGUGACGGAUGUGGAACGUUAUGUAGGUGGUGACAAAGUGAUAGAUGUCAUUGAUGUGGCAAGGCAGGCAGACAGCAAAAUGACACUUCACAAUUAUGUUAAAUACUUCAUGAAUCCUAACAGACCAAAAGUGUUAAAUGUGAUCAGCCUUGAAUUUUCAGAUACAAAGAUGUCUGAAUUGGUGGAGGUUCCUGAUAUAGCCAGAAAACUUUCCUGGGUAGAAAAUUAUUGGCCAGAUGAUUCAGUCUUUCCCAAGCCAUUUGUUCAGAAAUACUGUUUAAUGGGAGUGCAAGACAGCUAUACAGAUUUCCACAUUGACUUCGGGGGAACUUCAGUCUGGUACCAUGUCCUCUGGGGUGAGAAGAUUUUUUAUCUGAUAAAGCCAACCGAUGAAAAUUUGGCACUCUAUGAAUCUUGGAGUUCAUCUGUGACCCAGAGUGAGGUGUUCUUUGGAGACAAGGUGGAUAAAUGCUACAAAUGUGUGGUGAAGCAGGGACAUACCUUAUUUGUUCCUACAGGGUGGGUUCAUGCUGUGCUCACUUCUCAGGACUGUAUGGCUUUUGGGGGAAACUUUCUGCACAACCUUAAUAUCGGCAUGCAGCUCAGGUGUUAUGAGAUGGAAAAAAGACUAAAAACACCAGAUCUUUUCAAAUUCCCUUUCUUCGAAGCCAUAUGUUGGUUUGUAGCCAAAAACUUGCUGGAAACUCUGAAAGAACUGAGAGAAGAUGGAUUCCAGCCUCAGACUUACCUAGUGCAGGGAGUGAAAGCACUGCAUACUGCUUUAAAAUUAUGGAUGAAAAAAGAACUCGUAUCUGAACAUGCCUUUGAAAUUCCAGACAAUGUUAGACCUGGACAUCUGAUUAAAGAACUUUCUAAAGUGAUGCGAGCAAUAGAGGAGGAAAACGGCAAACCAGUUAAAUCUCAGGGAAAUCCUACUGUGUGUCCAGUUUCACGAUCCUCAAGUGAAGCAACUUCCCCCUACCAUUCCCGACGAAAGAUGAGGAAGCUUCGAGAUCAUAAUGUCCGAACUCCUUCUAACCUAGAUAUCCUAGAGCUUCACACAAGGGAGGUCCUCAAAAGACUGGAGAUGUGUCCAUGGGAAGAGGACAUCUUGAGCUCUAAACUGAAUGGAAAAUUCAACAAACAUCUUCAGCCAUCUUCCACGGUACCCGAGUGGAGAGCGAAAGAUAAUGAUCUACGAUUGCUGCUGACAAAUGGAAGAAUAAUUAAAGAUGAGAGACAGCCCUUCGCAGAUCAGAGUCUUUAUACAGCAGAUAGUGAAAACGAAGAGGACAAGAGAAGGACAAGAAAGGCAAAAAUGAAGAUAGAAGAGAGUUCAGGAGUAGAGGGGGUAGAAAAUGAAGAAUCUCAAAAACCACUUAAUAGGUUUUUUACAAGUAUGAAAUCAGAACUCAGGAAUAGAGCGUCAGAAUACUCUGAUAUUUCUGAUUCAGAAGACUCUGGACCCGAUUGCACUGCACUGAAAAAUAAUUUUACCACUGAAGAGUCUGAAAGUUCAGGUGAUGAAAAGAAACAAGAAAUAACAUCAAACUUUAAGGAAGAAUCUAGUGUGAUGAGGAACUUCCUUCAAAAGAGCCAGAAGCCAUCUAGAAAUGAAAUUCCAAUUAAAAGGGAAUGUCCUACCUCGACGAGCACAGAGGAAGAAGCUAUUCAGGGCAUGCUAUCCAUGGCAGGGUUGCACUAUCCCACAUGUUUACAAAGGCAAAUACAAAGCACAGAAUAUAAUGGUGAAAGGAACUCUCUCCAGGAUCCCAGAAGUUUCCACAGCAGUGACCAUGAAGUUAGACAGUUGUAUCGCUAUGAUAAACCAGUAGAAUGUGGAUACCAUGUCAAGACUGAAGAUCAAGACUUAAGGACUUCUUCCUGGAUUAAACAGUUUGAUACAACUUCCAGAGUUAAUCUUCAGGCGUCUGGAUUGAGUUGGAGUUACAGACUGAAACCUGUGGAGAAACAGAUGUCUGUGGAAAUAGACAAGAAUGUAAGUAGAAGCCAGAAAUGCAUCAGAAAGGAAGGUUCAUCAGAAUCCAGUCAGAAGGUACAAAGUAGGAAUUAUGCGGACAGCAGUGGCUCAGGCCUGCAGAAUGGAAAGCACAUGCCGAAUUCAAGCUUGAUUUCUGGGGCGUGCCAGAUGAACAGUGGCAGCCUGAGCCCAGAAAGGCCAGUUGGUGAAACUUCCUUUUCAGUGCCCCUUCACCCCACCAAGAGACCUGCAUCAAAUCCACCACCUAUCAGCAACCAGGCAACAAAAGGUAAACGUCCAAAAAAAGGAAUGGCAACUGCCAAACAACGUCUUGGGAAGAUCCUCAAGUUGAACAGAAAUGGCCAUGCACGUUUCUUUGUGUGAUGGAGCUGCUGGUGCAGCCACUGCUCCUUUGGAGACUAGUCUUGGGGUGCAGGAGCCUGGAGCUUCUGGCAGCCCGCUGCCCGGAGCAGUUUGUGUGUACAGUAAGGACACUGCCUGAAGAACAGAAUGAACCCGAUGCUGCAUUUUCACUGUGCCACACCCACUCAGCAAUAACCCUUUUGGACCUGGUGGGGGAGAGGAAGAAGGAGGGUAGAACCUUAAAAAGGGACCUUGAACUGGAAAGGGUCUCUUGUCAGGGCUUGAAUUUCAUUUUGUUGUUGGUAGUGUCUUGAUUUAUUUUCAGUGGUAGGGUAAAGAAUUAUCAAUAAUUUAUUUAACAGAUUUUUUUUUUAAAGUUAACAGCUUUUAAAUUCUUUUUUAAAGCUAUUUAUUUGGAAGAUUUCUGGAGAAAUAUCUCUCUAAUUUAGAUUUAAGAAUGUGAAGGUUUUUAAAUUAUUUUUGAUAGUGUGUAUGUUACAUGUGGGGAAGAGCCACAGUAACAGUAACUAGUCUGGACUCUUAAAUUUGAUAUUCAGGUUAAAGUCUUAAACAGGGAUUUGAUGCAUUAAUUAUUUUAAAUUAAGAUGUAUAUGAAAAUCAUUUUAUUUUAUAUAUUUCAUGUGUUUUUUAUAAGCUACUAGCUUCGCUUUUGCUAACAUCCAAGGUGCAUACUGUUAUCCAGGUUGAUUACCUUAUGUCCCGCCUUCCCUCGCACUCCCAGCAUUUUGUGACGACCCACAAGACUCUUCUCUUUGCAGGGAAACACUUUCAUAGCCAGUGUGUAAGAACUCCAUAAAAGAUCCCUCAUUUCUCAUUUCGUUUGACAUUGUGAUUUUCUUCUCAAUAUAAAGAAAUAGGCUUCUUGCAUUUUCAUUUCUGCUGAUGAUAUCUGGGUCCCAAAGAGAACAGCUUUAAUAUCUUUUUCCUCCUUGUGGGAAAAGUAUUAUAAGUUUGGUUAAAUUGUCAUGAUUGUAGUUUUUCCAAAAACGUUUGUAACUACAGAGGGCCUUCUUCAUACCGCUGGUGUUGGAGAACAGGACCGACACCUGACUGCAGGGGUUGUGUCUUAGAUGCUUUUAUUCUCUAUUCCUAAUUUGUUGGAAAAUGUGGUUGACUUAGGAUAUUCAAAUCUGCAUUAUAAGCCGUAAUAUAUUAGGAUUAUACUGUAUUAAGUUGUAUAGAAGCAAGCAUGUUGGAGUAGAUCUUUUGUGUGUGUGUAUUUUUUUUAAUUUCUUAACCUUCUGAAGAGUUAUUUGAGGUAAGAAUUUGGAGUAAAAUGGGUGCUUUUUGUAAUUUCUUCCAUCUGUCCUAACUUGGCCAGUGCAUAUUGAAGCUAAAUGUCUGGUUGAACUUGAAGGUAAUCGUUUAUCUCCUUCAUGUACAAUUUUUCCUAAAUGCCAGUUUUCAGUUGUUUCUAGUAGCUUCUACAGUGCUCCUUGUCUCCCCGUGACAUAAAAAUAAGUGGUUUCUGGGGCUGGAGAUAUUUCCAGGUCUGACAGUAGAUCAUUUUACAAAUUCAUAUAGAUAAAAUAUAGGCAAAUAGGAUAAAAUUUAUUUUUAUGGAGAAGAAAUAUGACCCUAGUAUGGAUUUGCCUUUUUUUUUUUUUUACUCAACAAGAUAGCAGGACUUGCCCUUCUGUGUUAAGUAUCACUUGAAUUGCUAAGAAAUCUAUACCAUAAUCUUUCAUGGUUACAUUCAAAUGUGUGUUUUCAGAAGAGAGGAAUAUUUCUUUAUCUUCAUUCCAAUAUUUCAUGGGAUAAAUAUGAAUUAGCCUUUUUUGUCCAGAGUGAUUGGACCAAAGUCUGAAUCUUUUCUGGGUGUCAGGAAGAAGAAUUUUUAUGGAGAUCCUCAAUGCCUGUAAAUGACCUAUUUAUACCCUGUCUACACUAUGCCAAAACCAGUGGAGAGAUGGAGGCAGUCAACCAGUGACGGGUCAUCUUAUCUGAAGAUGUCAAAAAUCUGGGUUUGGCUGAUUCUCCCACCUCCCCACAUAAUAUAUUACUGUGAUGUCUUGGUUUUCUGUAGACCCUGCUUUAGUGUUAUACAGUAAUCCACAAGUUUUUACUUUGCUUUAAUAUAUAAGCAGUAUAGUAUCUUUCCAGUUACAUCAUGACCUGGGUUGUUUUUCAUUUUCUUUACAUUUUUCACAGCUCUACAUAUUUUUAAUUGCCCUUUUUUUCCCAUUAGCCACGAAAUUCAAAUAAAACUUACUUUUACGAAUUAAAAUUGUCACCAGUAUCCACCCUGUGUCCUUAGGCCAAUAAAUACUAAUUUUGUGUGGAAUUUUUACAUAAUGUUACUGUGGAUUCACUUUUGGCAGUUUUAGCCCAUUAACUGGCUGAGUUUCAGAAUCUUCAGCAAAGUAAUCUAACCACUACAGCAGAAUACACGUGUCUUUGUCUGAGUUGGUGAACAUUCAGCCGCUGACUCUGACUCUCCUAGUCAGGCCUCAGAACGACUGCCCCAGCUGCAGCCUUUUAUCUCAGAGACGGCUGAGCUGUGAAGGGGCUGCUGCCGGUGCCUGGGCUGCACGGCAGUUGCUGGGCUUUCCUUUGGUCUCAUUUACAAACAGCACCAUCAUAUACCACAGCUUAGGAAAACGGCAAUGAUAAUGUUUAGCUAGUUGUAAGCAAAUACAAAUAUGCGAACUCAAGAAUUAUGAUUUAACAUAUGUAACUUUAAUAGUAGCAGUAGAUAAUAGUUUUUCUGUAUUGAUUCAGAUAAGUGACUCCUAACAUGGGAUCCACUGUACUGUAAUUCACAACAUCAUGUAAUAUUAUGCUCUCCAGUAUUGACGAACCAUAUAAACAGUACCAAGCUGGCAAUUUGUAGUAGUUCAGUAUCCUAGGAACACAUUGGACUUCAUAAGUAUCAGUUCAUUUUUAAAGCCUACAAAAUUGAAGAUUUCAACUGAAGUCAUAAACUCAGAAAACGAGUCCACCAUCAUCACUAGUUAAAUCCGUAGCUUGAAUACUGUUAUAUUUUUAAAUAAUCCUAAUUAUUGCCUUUCAAUAUACUCUACUGUAUAUAUUCAGAUAAGAUCACCAGGUGUUUAUCAGAUAUCUACUGUGCACCCAGCACUCCUUUAGCACUGUGGGGCAACAUAAAAUUGCAGUUGUGGGCUCUGCCCUUGAAGGUGUGUUCUCCCGGAAAUGAACAGUAUUAUUUUCACUUCUAAGCAAACCUAGGCUUAAAAGGGCCCACUUUUGAAAACCAGCAUGACUUAAUCAGUUUCACUGAAAUAUACCACUGUUGAAGUGGAGGUAAAAAAGACCUCAGUUUUUGUUGUUGUUGUUAUCUUAUUUUUAUAGUAUUUUGCUAUAGGGCACUUGUACUCACCAGAGACAGAGACAGAGACAGAGAGAAAAGAAAAGUGAGAAAUUACACUCUUCAGGGCAGAGAGAUGGCCACCACGCUAUAGUCCCUUCUCUAUUCCCUCUUGGGAUUUGGGGCGUGCUCGCUCACUUGUACGCGUGUACCACACCCCACCCCACCUCCACCCCUACCCCCAGUAGCGUGUCUUUGAAGCCACUGGGUCCUGGACUCAAACUGUGCAGUUGGCCACGUAGGAUCCAGCCUUAACUACCACACUGCUGGCUGGCCUACCCCAAGUUCUGUUUUAAAAUUAAGAAGCAUUUCAAAAGUUAGUAAUUUAGUGUUGGAAAUUCAGGGGUGUAGCAUGGAAGGAAGCAGAAGACUUGGAUUUUUGGCCAAGUUCUGUCAUAAUGUAUGUUGGGUGACCACAAAUAAAUAACUUACUCAUUAUCAGUCUUAGUUUUCCCAUUUGUCAAUUUGGAUUAAAAUGCCUAUAAUGAUAAUCAGGUUAAGAAAAACAUGGAAAAAUGUUCCUUAAUCUGUUAACAUUCCAUAUUUAGAGAGAAGUUACCAUCAUUUAAAUUGCAAGAUAAUUAAUUAAUGCACCUUUAUGUACCUUGUUCAAUGAAAACUGCUAUUACUCAAAAAUUUUCUUUUAUAAUUAAAUAGAUACCCAAGGCAUGCUACCUAAAAAUUCUGAAGAAUCUCUAACAAGGUGCUCAAUUAAAAUCAGAUCCCAUGCUUGAAAUGAGAGAAAAAGGAGAGAGAGAGAGUGGAUAAAGGAGUGAAAGUGUUUAUCCUCAGGUACGUUAAGAUGGUUUAAAGUAAUUGAAAGAUAUCUUUAGGUUUUUUUUUCAAAGAGGAAUUAAGAUGAUACUGCUCUACAGAUCCAGCAUACUCUUUAGGAACUAGGUAAAGGUGAAAUAAAUCCUGGAAUUAGAAUGAUUUAGCAAGUACCCGUGAACUAGGGAAAAGUCAGGUGUUUAGAGAGGGCUAUCCACAAAGACGGAUCUGGCUUGGGUAACAGUAGCUUGCUGAGUAGAGAAACCACUUACGUAGGAAGGGAGACUAAAUCUUCAACAGAAGAGAGUCUGCUUUUUUCCAAAAGAUAGCCUUUGAAGUGAUACGACUGUAGCGAUAUUGAGAUAGCUGUGUGACCCAGUACUACUGCUAGCAGGAACUAUUACGGAUGAGCUCAUCUUGAGAUUUCACACUGAGAGAGGAGGGCCUUCGUAAUGUAAGUCUAACGGGUUUUCAGAGAUUCGUUUUUUUCCUCAUGAAGUAUUAAGCAAAUUGCUCUCUACAUAAAGAGAAGCUAAAGCUCUCCAGUGGUUUCCUAAUGUCCUAGAUCUUCAUUUAAAGCAGUCCUGGAAAGGUGGAGCAUUGGCUCUGUAACCUUAGGAAACGUGUGUUGCUGGUAAAUCAGGGUGACAAAUGACACCCA